AUGCAAGAGGAACUCGACAUGUUUCAGAAGAAAAUUGACGAGGAGCGGGCUGUUUCCGCACAGUACGGAAGCGGACAGUGGGCAUAUCUACGCGGUGUUGCAAACAUGCUGUGCCGCAAAGGCAUGUGGAACCGCCUGGUUCUUGUUUUCUGUGCCUUUGCUCUCAAUAACCUCUCUGGUGCUGCUGCCAUCAACUACUAUUCGCCAACCCUUUUCAAAUCGAUUGGAAUCACGGAUGUUUCUCUCUACACAGGAAUUUAUGGCUUGAUCAAGGCCAUCGCCUCCAUCAUAUACUUCAUCUUUCUGAUCGACCUCCUCGGGAGACGUUGGCCUGCCAUCUUGUCCUCUUUGAUCUGCUCACUUUGCCUUUGGACGGUUGGGGUAUACGUCAAGGUAGGGCACCCUGCUGACAUCAUCGCCGCUGGCAAGGCGCUGUCUACUUCAACCGCCGCAGGUGGUAAGGCUGCAACCGGGAUGAUCAUGAUCUACUCUAUCUGCUGGUCCUUCGGUCUAAACGGCAUCCCGUGGAUUGUCAGUGCCGAGAUCUUCCCGGGUGCUCUCCGCAACUUCACCGGAACCUAUGCCGCCCUCGUCGUCUGGUUAUUCGCCAUCACCAAGGCCAUGCCUUACAUUUUUAGCUCCUUCGGCUACGGAACCUGGUUCUUCUUCGCUGCCUGGAUGAUUGUCGCUACUGUGUGGGCCUUCUUUUUCUUGCCCGAGACCAAGGGCCUCACCAUGGACCAGAUGGAUGUUAUCUUGUAUGGGGUUCUGCCUUUAGUCCCAUGUCGUGUUGUGCAGUUACUGACUAUUUCCUUGCAGUGGCUACGCCCACGAUACCCGCCAAGAGCCCUCCACCAAGUUUUGGGUUAUGAUACCGCGGUCAUUGGAGGAACAAUGGCAUUGGACUCUUUCCGACGAGACUUCCAUCUCGACAAUGUCAGCUCUACGACUCGUGACACAAUUCAGGGCAACAUUGUGUCGACAUUCCAGGCUGGUUGCUUCUUUGGCGCUUUGUUUACUUUCCCCAUUGCCGAAAAGUUUGGUCGCAGGAAAACAGUCAUGAUGGCAGGCACAGUUUUCCUGAUCGGCGGCACCCUCAUGACCGCAGCCAGCGGAAACUUAAACUUGAUCUACGCUGGUCGUGCUAUCGCCGGCUUGGGUAUCGGUGCAUCUUCCUUGACAGUUCCCGUUUACAUCGCCGAGACGGCUCCGCCUUCGAUUCGUGGUCGACUAGUUGGCAUCUUCGAGAUCGCAUCUCAAGGAGGUGGUAUGUUGGGCUUUUGGAUCAAUUACGCUACCGACCGGACAAUCGAUGUGAACUCUCGGGCCCAGUGGAUUGUACCCCUCGGUCUGCAACUUGCCCCAGGCCUGGGUCUUGCGUUGGGAAUGAUCUGGUGCCCUGAGUCUCCGCGUUGGCUUGCUCGCGGAGACCACUUUGAUGCUGCUGAAAAGAUUCUUGUACAAAUUCGUGGUCUCCCUGCCGACCACGAGUACGUGCGCCGCGAGAUGAACGAUAUUCGCACCCAAGUUGAGCAGCGUACCUCCAACCGGAUGACCAAGAAACAGAUGUUCCAGAAGCUUUUCCAGAAGGGCAUCCGCAACCGUAUGGGUCUGGGCAUGGCUCUUAUGUUUCUCCAGAGCUUCACCGGUGUCAACAUCAUCACCUACUAUGCCCCAAGAAUCUUCGAGAGUCUCGGUAUUUCCGGCACAUCCACGAAGCUCUUCUCUACUGGGUUCUACGGCAUCGCAAAGACUUUCGGCAUGUUCCUCUUCACCUUCUGGGUUGCUGAGAGAGUCGGUCGCAGAAAGGGUCUCCUCUGGGGCUCUGCCCUCGGUUGCAUCCCGAUGUGGUAUAUCGGAGGAUACGUCAUGAAGGCUGAUCCGGCUGGAGCUGCCGCUGCUGGGCUUGUCAAUCGAGAUGGCUGGGGCUAUCUUGCUAUGGCUUGCGUGUACAUCAACGGAGUCAUUAUUUGCGCUACAUGGCAAGGAAUUACCUGGCUCUAUGCCUCCGAAGUGCAAACUCUCGAAAUCAGAAUGCUGGCAGUGUCUAUCACUACUGCCACCACCUGGCUCGGUAGUUUCAUCAUCGCCCGCUCUACGCCUUACAUGAUCUCAGACCUUGGGUACGGGGCAUACUUCUUUUUCAGUAGUAUCCUCAUGCUCAUGGGUAUCUGGGCUUUUUUCUUUGUCCCUGAGACUAAGGGCCUGACGCUUGAAGACAUGGAUGCCCUCUUCUUAAAUCCUACCCACAAGACUGUGUGGGCUCAGAUGAGAGGCAGGGCUGUUGUAGCCCCUGGUCGUGCCAGAUCUCCCUCCAUCACAGACGAAAAGUUCGAGGCCAACAUCGAAGCCGCCCAAAUUGAACGUACCAAGUCAUGA